AUGGCUACAGGUACCACCACAUACGAAGAUGUCAAGAAUCAUUCCGCACUGGAGCAUGUCGAUACUAGAGACGAUGGCUCCACGCACGAUGAGAAGGUCCAGCUAGAACAAAAGAAGACGCUUUCCGAGAUCGACGUUGAGAACAAGGCUGCGUACAAAGGAGACGACAGUGAUGGCUCAGUCGAUUGGUCGUGGCGAAAUAUCGUCGCUAGCAUAUUUCUAUGCAUGUUGUAUACUGGUUCGCAAAUCAUCCUUUACUUCGUUGGUGGAUCCCUUCAGUUCAUCGUCCCGGACCUCCACGCGGAAGCAACUGCAGUCUGGCUACCAGUGGCCAACACGCUUGCAAUCGCCGCCGUCGCUCCCUACACUGGCUACCUACAGGAUCUCUUCGGCAAGCGCUACAUCGCCCUCUUUGGCGCCUUAUUGAUAUGCGUCGGCAUCAUUCUGGUCGGUGUAUGCAAAGACUUCGGCACCGCUGUUGCGGGUAUGGCUCUAGCUGGCGCAGGCGCAGGUAUUGGCGAGCUCACCGGCUUGGCUGGUAUCUCUGAGAUCGUCCCCGUCAAGCAUCGUGGCUACAGCAUCGCCGCGCUGACCGCAUUUGUCUUCGUCUUCACGCCAUACAUCUUCUACUGCCAAUUGCUCGGGUCUCCGGAAUUUGGUGUUGCGAAUUGGCGAUGGAUUGCAUGGAUCUCGCUGAUCUAUAACGGCAUCACCGGCAUCGGGCUACUCGUCUUCUACCAUCCUCACAACCACACGCGCGCGGCCGGAUUCUCAUACGGUACAAUUCUAAAGAAAAUCGACUACGUGGGCGGGCUUCUGUCAAUCAUCGGCCUCACGCUGUUCCUUGUGGCUCUACAAGCUGGCGGCUACACCCAUCCUUGGACAUCUGCCUACGUAUUGUGCUGCCUGCUGAUCGGCCUCGCCUUGCUGGCCGGCUGGGUCGUGUGGGAAGCUAAGUUUGCCGCUUACCCCAUGGUCCCAGGUGCGCUCUUCAAAGGCCAAAGAAUCGUUGCUUUGGCGUAUGCGACCGCGUUUGUCGGCGGAAUGUUCUUCUACUCGGCUCUCAACUUUUUGCCGACUACCUGGGCCGACGUCUACCCGAAUGACCCAAUCCAGAUUGGCUUGAAGGGCUUGCCACCAGCCAUUUCCACAACAAUUGGUGCGAUCUUCUUCAAUGCUAUGUUGAGCACAUUCCCAAAGAAUAGCAGAGAAGUGCUGCUUACCGGUGCUGUCAUAAUGACUGCAUUUGGUGGAGCUCUCGCCACAAUGACCCCAGAUAACCCAAAGACCACGGUGGCCAUCGCUACCAUGGCUUGCUUUGGACUCGGCGGCAUGAUCGUGCCCACCGCGUCGGUGGCUCUGCUGGUGGCGCCUGACGCAUUGAUCACCACUGCGGCCGCUCUGUCGCUCUCUGUUCGAACCGUCGGUGGUGCUAUCGGGUACAGCAUCUACUUCAAUGUCUUUGUCAACAAACUCACCAAAUACAUCCCAACAUACGCUGCAGAAUAUGCCGUCAAAGCUGGACUUCCAUUGGCCGAUGCUGAGGUCUUUGUCGGCACUCUCCUGACCGAACCAACCAAGAUCGCCUCAGUCCCAGGGUUCAGCGCACAGGUCCUCGCAGCAGCUCAGGUUGGCAUCCGAUGGGCCUAUGCGGAUGCUCUUCACUAUGUUUGGUACACAUCAAUCCCAUUCGGCAUCGCAGCUAUCGUCUGCUGCUUGUUUCUGGGAAGCACUGCGAAGUAUCAAACUAAUCGUGUUGCGGUCGCCCUAUGA